AUGUACGAUGAUAUCCUUCGAAUUGAAAAGCCGGACGGAGUGCACGUAGUUGGGUAUGCAGAUGAUAUUGCAAUAGUAGUGGUUGCAAAAACUCUAGACGAAGUGGCUAGGAAUUGCAGCGCUACUAUUGCAGCAGCUAAAUCGUGGCUGCAAUACAGCGGAUUAGAGCUUGCUGAGCAUAAAACUGAGGUGCUAUUAAUCAGUAGUAGGAAAAAGAUUGAACAACUCUCAAUUAAAGUGGGUGGAGUAGAUAUACAAUCUAGCCCCCAACUUACAUAUCUCGGUGUAACCUUAUAUGGUAGGUUGAGUUUCAAAACUCACCUAAAACAAUCGGGAGAUAAAGCAUCACGUGUCUGCAACGCAUUAUCUCGAUUAAUGCCAAACAUACGAGGUCCCAAGGACACCGCUAGAGUUCUUUUAGCAUCAGUUUCCAAGUCGGUGAUGCUUUAUGCUGCUCCGGUGUGGGCACAUGCUACUACCAUUAAGUCGUAUUCACGUGCAAUGAAAAGUGCACAUAGAUUGUCAAACCUUCGCAUCUGCUGUGCUUACCGUACAGUAUCGAACGAUGCUGCGGGAGUAUUGGCUGGACGCAUGCCAAUAGACUUUGAAGCGUUCUUGGCCAGAGACAGUUUCUUACAGCGCUCUCGUCGGCGAACGACUGAAACUGGGCAAUCUCUAGCAGAGUCUUAUCUAGAUAUAAGAGACAAAUACCUUAAUGAAUGGCAACAUAGCUAUUAUAUGGAUAAAUUAAUUAAUAAUUAA